AUCCACUGCCUCCUAUUUCCUAAGGAUCAUGAGACUCCUGCUCCUGGCUCUUGCUGCCAUUGUGGUCCUACCCCAGGUAAUCCCAGCCUAUGGUGGCCAAAAGAAAUGCUGGAGCAAAUUGGGCCACUGCAAGAAACACUGCACCAAAGAUGAAGUGAUGUACACAACAUGUAAAAAUCAUCGAGUCUGCUGCAUUCCAGGCAAAGAACACCAUAAGUCACAAACUCAAGCUCCUGAUGCAUUUCCCACAACCUCAGAUGAUUCUUUGUCAAGCCCUAUGGAUUUCAUUCUAACAGUCAAGUUCACUACAGUCCACUUUCAAAUAAGCACCAAUGAGGAACACGAUGAAAAAUCUAGCCAGAGACUACAGCCUCAGACCACUCUCCCAACGGUCCAUCAAAGCUCAUGAUUUCCUCUCAGCUGUCACUCAUCCCUGUCCUCCUGUAAAGCACCAAGUCUUAUAGAUUUCCCAACACU